UUGAACUAUUAAAUACUUGGAUCUAAAUUUGCGCUCAUUCCAAAUCACCACCAAUAAAAUGAUCUUUCUUAAUAGACACGUCUGGGCUUAUUGUUAUAUCAUCUUUGCAUAUUUAAUUUCACGGUAACUUAAAUAAAUAUUUUCUGUUUUAACGGCCCAUUUCACAUGAAGUGUUGUAGUGUUGUGCUUCUAGGGCAUGAUGAUCUUUAACACCGAAUGUUUUUGUUGUCCGAUGAGCGCUUCUUUAGAAAUGGAGCUUGGUAUUGGUUUUAACAGGGUCAGGCGGAAACUACUGCCAGCAGGCCCAGUGGGAUGUCCUCUGUGGAUUGGGCCGAGAGACAUUGACCCAGUUGUGUCUCUCUUGAGAAGCCUUUACUUCCCUGAGCAAAAAUGAACUGGAAUGAUGAAUAGAAGCUCCUAUUCAUAGUAUCAUAGUUUUCAUUGCUGAGGGCUUUGGAAAAUUCUCUGACUGAUAUUUUACUUGGUGGCAACAAGCUUUAAAUUCUGUGGUGUUACUUGAUUUUUUUAAAUGUUUUACUUACAGCCUCCUGCAGUUAAAAUUGCUGCCUAUUCACUGUGUGUAUUUAGAAACAACUGUCCAAACAAACACAUUCCUCCACUCCCUUCAUACUGAUGCUCAAUUAACAGGCUGGUGCUGUGUCACAUCUAUAGGGAAUUUCUGUUAGAUGCAUGUUUGUUUGUUCUGGAAUAAUUUGAAGAUAAAUCUCUGAAAACCAGGCUUCUGAAAUUAUGAUUUCGGAGAGAUACAUUUGAGCAACUUGACUCAUGAAGGAACAGUUCCCCCAAAAAUGAAAUUUCUUUCAUCAUUUUCUCACCCUCAUGUCAUUGCAGAACACAAAAGAAUGUUGGUAACCAAACAGCAUUGGACCCCAGUUACUUCCAUUGUAUGGACAAAACCACUGAGGUAUUUCUCAAAAUAUCUUCCUUGCUGUGCUGCAGAAGAAAGAGUCAUAUACAAGUUUUGAAAGACUCGAGGGUGACUAAAUGCUGACUGAAUUUUUAUUAGUGAGGAAACUGUCCUACCUGCUUUGCAUAUCUUUUCUGAAGGACUGAAAUGUAAGGACUUUGAUCGCUAGUUUGUCGGAUGGUUGAUUGUUCAUCCUGCUAGGGUCUUGUUUGUUUUUAAUGCCUCUUACAAUGCUCAGGAAGUUUAAAGGGAUAGUUCACCCAAAAAUGAAAAUUCUUUCAUCAUUUACUCAGCCCUGUAUGAAUUACUUGUUUCUGAUGAACCCAGAGAAUGAUAUUUGGAAGAAUGCUAGCAAUUUUCAGUUCUGUGAUAUCGCUGAGUACUCUAAUUUGAAAAAUUAAAUGGUAGUCAAAGAACUGUUUGUUUUCCUAAUUCUUCAAAAUAUCAACUGUACAAAAAAAUACAAAAAAUCUUUCUACUAUAAUAGAUGGUGUUCCAGAACUAAAAACUGCUUACAUUUGUCCAAAUAUCUUUCUUUGUGUUCAACAGAACAAAGAAAUGUAUAUAGGUUUGAAACAACCCGAGGUUGAGGAAAAGAUUUUUGGGUGAACUAACCCUUUAAGAUCUAUUUAAUGUUCACAAAUGUACUGAACUUCACCAUGGCCUGGGAGACUGGGAGGUAACAUGGGAUGUAACAUCUUUACCACAUGGAUGUCUCUCGACAAAACAACAUCUGUUUUUUUCUAGAACGAGCUGCUUUUGGUUUUGAAGAUAAUUUUUCAGGAUUAUUGUUCUUUUGAGACUCUUUUGCACACUUCUGAGUACUCCGCAAGGAAGAAACACUUUCAGGGUCCAUCAGCCUUUUUAUUUGUCUUACCUCUUCGGAGCAUUUCUCACCCUUCACACCAUAUUGCUUAACACCAUAUAGCACAUAUUCAAAGUGCCAUUGGAUGCUUUCCCUUCCACACCAAAUCGAUCACACAGCGAGAAAUUUGGACAUUGACUUUUGUUUCAGUGUUCUGAAAGUUAAAUGUUGCAUCUGAAAUAACUAUUUUUCCUAACAAUAACUAAUAAUCAAUCUUUUUAAAUGAGUUUCCUACAUACAGCAGAUUUUUCUUGUAUGGACCUGCAUGUUUGGAACUGUCUCUUCAAAAGGCGGUUUGUGUAGAGCAUGUUGAUGGAUAGGGCUUAUGUCUAUAUGUUUUGGCGAUGUGGUUCAGUCAGCGGUGCUUUGCUUUGUGUGAAUGCCUUGUGGCUGGUAAUGUAUUGAACACUGAAUUCAACAAGUCUCAUUGGAAAGUUGUGGAUUUGAUGGAAAGUUGCAGCGGUGACCUAGAGAGUAGAGAGUGGGACGGAAGGAAGCUUACUCUGCUCCCCUUACAAAUUCUCAUCUCGUACUAGGAGUCCAAACUGGUUGCCUUUGAGGAUCAUUUUGUUCACCUGUCACACAAGGAGUGCGAGCACUGAGCACUGACUGAUUCUUUCACUUUUUGUCUGUUACUAUUAAAGUCAAAGUGAAAAUCUCUUUGUAACAGUAAUCCUUCAAUAAAUAUCAAAUCUGUGUCAAAGCCCGUGGUGAGUUGAGGUCUACAGGUGGGUGUGGUGCUUUUUGUUUUGACUACUCUUCGAACUUAUCAACUUAAAAGGCUUGUGAAGUAAAAAAUAGGGGUAUUUAGGCUGGGGUCUAUCCGGGCAUACCUCAUCUGUUUGGCAUCAAAGUGUCCAGAUCAGUCUGAAUUUGAAAAGAGAGGUCGGGAAAGGGAAUGAGAAAGGUCAGAGUUCCCCACAUGACUGGAGUCUUUCUCUUCUUAAUGGCAAUGCACUUAAAUGCAUUAGAUACAGAUGACUUGCAUUUCUUACCUUGAGCUCGUAAGGACGGAGUAUAAGAGAUGGAAUUAUGAGAAAAUGUGGGAAGGUCUGUCAACAAAUCAACUAUUUCUGGGUGUGUGUAGCUUUUGGCACUCUACAUUUCCAAGACCCCUGAAAUAAGUGGCUUGCGUUUAUUUGUCUUAAGGCCCCCAGUCAUUUCAGUGUGAUGCAAGCAGUCCGAACAGAACAUUUAAGCACACAUUGUUUUUACAAUGCAGACUUUGCAAAGAGUUUGUUAUUAAUAGACCGCAGACAAAAAUUGUGAACAAUGAAGCAUGUUGAAAUGCACAGAUUAGUUUGUUGCAUGGAAAUAGGAAGUUAGGGGGGGCAUAAUGAGUGGCUCCUCCUCCCUUAAAAUAGCUAGAAAUAACUUUAUGAAAAAUUACUUUUUGAUUUAAUCUUUUUUUCGGGGGUACUCUCUUGAUGGACUUAACUUGUGUGCCCACAGAGGUUUUGAUCUUAAAACUUCAUAAAAUGUGUGUCUAAAACAGAUAUUUUAGCGUUUUAACCAGUAUUAUAAUGGACUUUUUUAUUGCCCCUUAAAGGUUCAAGUUUUUAACUUUUCUUUUUCUACAAAUUGUACCGUACUUCUUUAAUACGCACAGCUGCUGGGUGUUUUCUACCCUCGGGCCUUGCACUGCUGCUCGGGAAGUUUAAAGCCUUUUAAGGCGAGACGGACAAGCCUUCCAACGGUCUGGCUUCCACUCAUGAUGAUGUGAUAAGAAAGGCAGUUCCAUCCUCUCUGACAGUCCUCCAAUCACACAGUGUUGUCUGCAUUUAAACACUGGCCAAUGACUGUUUUCCCCUGAAAUGUCUUGAGUUUACAGUGUGUGAGACUGCAUAAAUAGAAUCCUCAGGGACCGUAAUGUUACAUUCCAACCGUCUCAAAGCGAAACAAGGACUUGUACAAAAUGUGUUCCCCAAGGAAAAUAACUAGUGCUGGCGUAAGAUUGCGUUGUAAAUGUAUCAAGAAAUUGGAACCAAGUAUGAAAAAGGCGACCAAGCCCACGGCCGCCGCCUCCAGAACCUCAGCGGGCACUAAAGCCCCAAGCAGAUCAGAGGGAAGCAGCAUCAUGGGCACAGGAGGCAAGAUGACGAACAAAACGCAAAAUUCAGCUCCACUAUCAAAGGCAAAAAGCAAUGACGAUCUCCCAACGGUCAGUUCAGGAUCAGUAUCUGUUAGCAACAGUAACACUACAGCUAGAAACAAGAGAGGAACUUCUCAGAGCACCAGCACUACUGAGACCAGGUCCAAGACCAGCUCAGGUCUCUCAGGAAAGCGUGGAACAUCAUGCACGACCAAGGACCCAAGCACAACCCGAGAGAAUUUGCGAGAACGCUCCCGAGUCAGUGCUGUCAAAAAGCUCGCCGGACCCGCCGAUGCGAUGCAUCAGAAGCGGUCGCGUUGCCGCACUGUUGUUGAGUCUGAGUCUCUCAUGAGCAAGUCACGCUCAGACAGCCAGAUAAGCAAUAAAGCAGUGCUGGAGUGUCGAGUGAAGGACCUAAUGGGCCUAGCCAAGAGUAAAGACGUGGAGAUCUUACAUCUCCGCUCUGAACUUCGAGGUAUGAGAGCCCAGCUCGGUCUGGAGGAUCUUCGACCUUCUGAAUCAACAGAAGAGUCCAAGCCGACCCAAGGAAAAGAAGCUUGUCCUUUGAUCAGUGCCACAGAUGUGGAGUCCACACUUCUCCUCCUUCAAGAUCAGAACCAGGGCAUCCUUGAUGAGCUUAAUAUGUUGAAGAGUGAAAACCGCAUGCUGAAGGAUCGGCUAAAUGCCCUUGGCUUCUCUCUGGAGCAUCGCCUGGAAGGUACAGACAAGAUUCUAUGCUGUCCUUCACUUAGUCCUGAGCCUGUAUCUGGAACUACCAGCGAAAAUGGAGGCGGCGAUAUGCGGGCAUCUUUUGCCGAAGGCUCCACGCAAGGCUCUACCGAAGACUUGCUGUCAGAACCGAGACGUGUUGGAUCCCCCGAUGCAGUGGACAGUGAAUGCAGCGAGGCCUACCAGCCAAUGACCUCAAGCGAUGAUGCUCUGGAUGCACCUUCAGGUUGCGGAUCGUCUUCCGAAUCCGAAAGUGGGCCGCCGAGCAGGGAACAUUCCCGCCGGGGCAGCAGCGGGAACACCAGCGAGGUUUCGGUGGCUUGUCUGACCGAGCGCAUCCACCAAAUGGAGGAGAAUCAACACAGCACGGCAGAAGAACUCCAGGCCACCCUGCAGGAACUUGCAGACUUGCAGCAGAUCACGCAAGAGCUGACAACUGAAAACGAACGUCUAGGGGAAGAGCGUGCCAUUCUGGUCGACUCCCUUUGUCAGCAAGGGGAUCGUCUGGAACUCUACGGAAGACAGCUGGAUUAUUUCCGUGGGCUGCUUGAUGAACACCGCGUGGCCUACGCAGAGGACGGGAAAAGCGUGCGUUAUAUGGAGUUGGAGAGACGCUACGCUGAGUUAAACGAGGGCUCGCAUUUUGAAAGAGAGCAACUUUUAGGGGUUCAGCAACAGCUGAGCAGUGCGCUCAAGAUGGCGGAACAGGAAAAUGCGGAAGCUCAAGGCCUGAUGUCGGCGUUGAAGGAACGCGUUCACAUGGCCGAGAGAGCCGUGGAAAUGGAGAGGAGGGAUCGGGCCGUCGCCAAAGCAGAGCUGGAAGCGCUGAGGAUGGUGUCUGAACGGGAGCAGGAUGAGCUAAACCGCUGCAGAAUUCAGCUUGAGCAGGAGAGGCAGAGAGUGGCGCAACUCUUGUCCAUUCACAACGCAGGGGAUAAGAGCGACAUACGCCACCUGCUGGACAGCGAGAGGAUAGACAAGGAGAGAGCCGAGACCAAAGCAGCUCAGUUGCAAGAGGAACUGGGACACACUCGAAAUGAAGCCGCCCAGCUGCAGGAUGCAAUAAGCAAGUUGGAAAGUGAGUUCCGGGCAUUUCGUGGUGACGUUCAGACGAGGUUAGCAGAGCAAAAGCGACUUCUGGAGCAGCAAUGUUCUGAGCUGGAGGAGAAGGACACCGAGAUCGCCGACAUGAAAGAGACCAUCUUUGAGCUUGAGGAUGAGGUUGAGCAGCAUCGUGCUGUCAAGCUCCACGACAACCUCAUCAUCUCUGACCUGGAGAAUUCCAUCAAAAAGCUUCACGAUCAGAAAUAUGACAUGGAGAAGGAGAUUAAGGUCCUUCAUCGAAAAUUGCGGGAAGAGUCAGCCGAGUGGCGGCAGUUUCAGACUGAUCUGCAGACGGCCGUCGUCAUCGCCAACGAGAUCAAGACAGAAGCUCAGGAGGAGAUCGGGGACCUACGGCGUCGUUUACAUGAAGCUCAAGAGAAGAAUGAGAAAAUAAGCAAAGAGCUGGAGGAACUUUCGAACAUGAAACAGGAUGAGGAACGCGGACGUGUGUAUAAUUAUAUGAAUGCCGUAGAGAGGGACCUGGCCGCUCUGAGGCAGGGAAUGGGCCUGAGCCGACGUUCCUCAACUUCCUCUGAACCAUCGCCCACCGUCAAAACUCUCAUUAAGAGCUUCGACAGCGUCUCACAAGGUCCUGUUCCCGCCAGUCCACCAGCCGUUGCCGCUGCGGUCGCAAUCUCCAGAACCCCCCUCAGCCCCAGCCCAAUCAAAACACCCCCUGCCGCUGCGGUCUCUCCCAUACAGAGACACACAGUUAGCUCAAGCAAACCUUUGUCAUCUCUUCUGGAUAAAAGACCGAGCUACACGGAGCUGAGCAUGCCAGCAGACCAUAUCCUCCGUACAUCACCUGUUACACGCACCGGCUGCGGCCUACAGAGGGUGCCAAACAUGGACUCAUCCAAAUCUAUAUCAGAUGCACUGAUGAUAGUCACAACAUCCUCCGGCCUGUCAGUUUCUCGCAGAAGCAGCGAGGAGUUGAAAAGAGAUUUGUCGGUCACGGAUGCGUCAGCCCCCUCAUCGAUCAUCACGUUAGGCUCCUCUUCGCCUCAGCUAUCUUUGUCAUCUAACUCCUCCCCGACCGCCUCCGUCACGCCCACCUCACGAGGACGUUUACGAGAGGAGAGGAAGGACCCGCUGUGCGCGCUAGCCAGAGAAUACGGAGGAUCCAAGAGGAACGCUCUGCUCAGGUGGUGCCAAAGGAAGACUGAAGGUUAUCAGAACAUCGACAUUACGAACUUCAGCAGCAGCUGGAACGAUGGGUUAGCUUUCUGCGCCAUCCUUCACACCUACCUUCCGGCUCAUAUCCCUUACCACGAGCUCAACGGCCAAGACAAGAGGCGAAAUUUCGCGUUGGCCUUCCAGGCUGCAGAAAGUGUGGGCAUUAAAUCUUCACUGGACAUCAAUGAAAUGGUGCACACAGAAAGACCCGACUGGCAGAGUGUCAUGACCUACGCGACGGCCAUUUAUAAGUAUUUUGAGACAUGAGAAUCUUCUUUUCGUGUCACUGCAUUGUGCAUUAAAACAUUUCCCAGAUGCCUCAGCUGUGUGGUGCCAACAACUUAUGUGAAGCACAUAUCAGGACCUUUUGCUUUUUCAGUGUUUUCCUAUAAUUCCCAGAAUUAAGGAAGUUGGAAGGAUCAGGAAAGAUCUGCAAGAACCUUUGGAUCAAACAGCCAUAUGUUCCCUGUCCAGCUUCCCAAAGGAAUUGCCAAACUUUUCGUCCUGAUGAUCAUAGGUGCAUUGCAUCAUGCCAGCCAAGCAACAAAGCCGUAUAUUUUACACAAAAGAUUGCCUUUGAAAGGUGCCUUGUUUUGUCUUAAGGAUUGCCUCUGUAUAGCAGUGUUCAACAUUCGAUUUGUAUUAGGUUAGAUCAGAAUUUAUUUAUUUCAAAGUGAUGUCACAACAGACUUGUUGCCACACAAAUUAUUUUGGCUUAGCUGAAAUAAGCUCACAAUACUUUGUUUUGUUUGGUGUGUUUUUCAAAUAAAUAUGGCUGACUUUUGUUACUUUUGUUGCGAUAAAAAUGACCUGUUUCAUACACUAAAUGAAUGCUAAUUCUGAAUGUAUGUACUUUUUUUAUUAAAUCCAUUCCAACCGAACGUUUAUACCUAAAAAUGCUGCAAGACUUUGUUUUUGUGUUUGUUUCACAGGAUAUUUUUACUGUAUCUAUUCUUUUUGUUUAAGCACAACUAAUGGUUAUUUGACCCAUUAGACCAGCUGGGUUCUGGAAGUGAGCUGAUUCAGUUUGACUUUGUUUUAUGGAUGUAAAAGCACAAGGCUUGUGAGUGUGUCGUCACCAAAAUUAAAGACCUCCGACAACAGUCCAGACACUUGAUCUUCUCGUUGUUUGUUUCUAUCAACAUGAGUUGUACUUAAUCUGAAAUAGACAUUUAAACACUCUUUACACACACAAAGGAUACUUUCAUCCGGUGCCUUACAUUAAAAAUGAGAACAUGGCACAAAUAUUGUUAAAUUGAUUCUAAAAUGUUACUUUCUGUCUUCAAUGCACUGUCUUUUGGAUUUUGCUAGUUUCAUUCCACAUCGUGUAAGAAAACAUUCAAACAUACUUGAAGGGAUUAAGUGGGAUAAUUUGUCUUUGUGUUUUGUUCAUGUAGGCUACAAAGUGAAUUUUAUGUGAAGAGCAAAUCCUUUGUAUGAAAGUUUUAAUUUAUUUAAUUUGGCUGCAGAGAGUUAAGUUUUUUUUUUUAUUUUUUUUUUGAAAGCUCUGUGAUACUUCAGUGUGUUCAUGAUGUUGAAUUUCCUGUAAAAGUACAAUAAUGUCAAGGAACGUUUUAUUUUAUUUUCAAAGAUAUUGUAAGAUUUCAUAGUUCUUCUGAUACCUUAUCUCAUGGAAUAACAUGUUUGCUGCCAUCUUAGAACCAUACCUUUGUGCUUUUAUUUUAUUUGUAAAAAAUACAAAUUAAGGCCUAUAUUGGCAUUUUAUAAGUUAGAAACCACCUAAUAUGUUAGACAUGAAAAUGUGUUUAAAAUAAGAAAAUGACUGUUCUCCUGUAUCUGUAUCCUUUAAUAGUGAUGAAAGUUCAAUAAACAGAUUAA